AUGAGAAACGCUUGGGCAAGGCGCUCGAAGGGUGCUCCGUGCUGUGGUGUACAUAUUGGAUCCGCUUCGAGCGCAACGGGGAUACCUUCGCAGCUGCUGCAGAUAGAUGUGCUCGGCUUUUCGAGAGCCUUGGCUAAGGUUAGAAUGAACUCGUUGUUAGAAGUAGCGUUUUACGACGGUUCCAUAGGGUUUAGGGUUUCAUCCGGUUUCGAUAGGAUUGAAAUGGGGAUAUGGCCAAUCCAUAAUGGAGAAUCAAAUUGA